AUGAGGACUUUAAAUGCUUUUGGCAUCUACUCAAGUGCUGGUAGUCGUAAAGGUUCAGUUCAAAGUUCAGAACACUAUCGUUUCUAUCAAAAGUUAGUUAAGCUUUCAAGUGUAGGAAAUGGUGUUGGCAGACAAGUACACGAAUCAUUGGUUGUUUCUAAUGUUGUUGAACUAUUUAAGCUUGUAUUUUUUAGCAUAUCUACAUCACCACAAUUUCUAAAUUUGCUCUCAGAAACUCUGCAUCGUUAUUUAGAGCACGAUUUGUUUGCAGCUUUUAGCUAUCUUAGAGAUCGAAAAAUUAUGAUUGGUGGUACUUGCGGUCAACCUUUUGUACUUUCUCAACAGUUCUUGCACAGUAUUCCUAAGUCUCUAUUUACUUGCAAUACAGGCAAGAGAGCAGCUAAUUUUUCUGCUUGGAUUCGCGUAAGACAAAAUGAUCUUAUGGAAGGGGGAAUUAAUCUGACUACCGAUUUGCAAUGUGGUGAUAUUUUCCAUUUGUUUUCUCUGGUUUUUUCUGGUGAACUUUCUUUUUCCCCAUGCUUACCAGAUGAAGGUGUUGGAGAAGCUGAAGACUUGAGAAGCUUCAAACGUAGAGCUGAGGAUAAUGAAUUAUGUGAUGCAGAUAAGGCUAAGAAAUUAAAAUCCGUUGCAGAAGGUCAAUUUGUUUCACGAAGAGAAAAGGGCUUUCUUGGAAUCAUGGUAUCUGUGUGUCGCACAGAAUUUCCAACAACCACUGCUUUAGAAUUGUUCACGGAUAAAGAGACGUUCAACUCUAAGCUUCUGAAUGAAGAAAGUUCACCCAAUUUGAACCAUAUGAGGGAAAUGCUUGUGUUCAGUAAUAAUGUCACCGUAGCAUUGAAGUCUAGUGAGUCACCUUGGGAAGCAAUGGCUAGUUACACCGAACAUAUGUUGUCAAAUCCUUCUGAUGAAGGACAAGGUGGUCACUUUGAUGCUGAGAUCAUCAAGGCUGUUUGCACUGAGAUUCAGAAGGCUGGUGACCAAGGUCUGAGCAUAGAAGAUAUUUAUAAUCUUGUCAAAAUGCCAGGAGAAAAGACACCUGAAAUUAUCAUUGAUACACUCCAAGCAUUUGGAAGACCUAUAAAGGUCAAUGCUUAUGACUCUGUUCGUGUUGUUGAUGCUUUAUACCACUCCAAGUAUUCUCUAGCCACAAUUUCUUGUUUCAAUCAAGAUCCUAAACAACCUUUGUCACUAACAACUUGCAUAACUGUUGGUCAUGCACACAAAGGUACUAUUCUUAAUCUUCCUGAAGAGCAUGCUUUACCUUCCAAUGAAAUUCCUACUAGUACCAAUGCAAAUGAAAGCUGCAUGUACGAUAAAGUUGGCUUAUCAAAAUGGGAUGAUGGGGAUGUGACCAUCAACAAAUCGGUCUACAAUGGGCUUGUACGUCGUGUUCUUGGCACAGUGAUGCAAAAUCCUGGGAUAUUGGAGAGCUGUAUGCUUAACAAUGGAAGUUGCUCAUCACAAACAGAAUAG